AUGUUACCUAACGGCUCUUAUUGGUAUUGUUUGCUUUCUAUUGCCCGAAUGAGAUUGAUGCCAAACAUAGUUGCCAUCGUUGGCAGCAACCUUGGAACCAAUACGGAUCUAGUCACCUGGAGAGAAACCAACAAGCAUAGAUCGGCCCUAAAUCAACCUUAUGUCCGUGAACUAAUCGCGGAUAUAAACAAAUAUCGGCCCCAAAACCUCAAGGUUAGUCUGACAAUACCAACAGUGAGCAUCGAGCUAUAUGCUAUCGAUGACAGAUUACAACCCACCAUCUCUUUCAACGAAUCGGACGACUACCACUCACCAUCUAUUUCAUAA